AGUGCAUGGAGACCCCUUCAUCACGAAGUGAAGGACGCUCCUCUGGCGUUCUGCGACUACUUCUCGACUAACGAUAAUGACCUCGUAGCAGCAGAUAGAGUCUCAGAACAAUACGAAGGAGAGAUCUAUUAUUUGAAGCACAGUAAAAUGUUGACAUGGUAUUGGAUACGUGAUCAGACACCUGAUGAGCUGGCUAUCUUCACUAGUUGGGAUUCAGAUCCAAAGGAUGGGGCGGCCUGUAAGUAUUUCUUGCAUGGUGUGCGGGAGAUGAAUAACAGGUUUUCAGGGUGUCCACACUGCUCGUUCAUAGAUGAAGCGGCUGCGCACAAGGGACUUCCUCAUGAGAGUGUGGAGGUGAGGACUGUCGUCUUGAAUAGGAAGUUGUAA